CUUCCCAUCAAAUGGGGCCCUGGGUCCUCUCCUCACAAGGAUUUUGGCCUCCUCCGCAGUUUUGUAGCCAGCCUGGAUUCUGGCCUUCUGCAGCCUGCUCCCUCCCUUCCCUUCCGCCCCUGGGAAGAGCGACCCCCACCACUCUCGGAGACUGCACUGCCCGCCUGUCAGAGUGGGCACUCAGGUGACACUGCUGUGGUCGUCCCCUUCCCCCGUGAUCCAUUCCGGAGGGGGUCAUUCUUAGUCUAGGCCUGCAGGCCCGGAGCUCCAGCCAUGGUCUCCGCUUGUCCCUGACCGGCGGUCUGGGAGGCAGCAGGUAGGGGAUCCCGGGCAGGCGGACCAGGCCUGGGUGGGGGGCGAGCAGGAGGCGCGGGACAGCACCUGGGGGUCCCAGCUGAUGAAGGGUCGGGGUGGGCAGUGGUUUGGGGGCCAGACGGAUCCGCGGUGUGGGCGCGCCGGGGUGUUGAUGGAGGAGGGGCCGAGGUGCUGAGGGCGGGGUCGGGCUGGGGGCGGGGCUGAGGGCGGAGUCGGGUCGGGCGGAGUCAGAGCUGAGGUGAGCCUGAGGGCGGAGUCGGGGCGGGCUGAGGUGGGCCUGUGGGCGGAGUCGGGGCGGUGUGCUGAGAUGGGCCUGAGGGCGGAGUCGAGGUCGGGCUGAAGGCGGAGUCGGGGCGGGCUGAGGUGGGCCUGAAGGCAGAGUCGAGUUCGGGCUGAGGGCGGAGUCGGGGCGGGCUGAGGUGGUCCUGUGGGCGGAGUCGAGGUCGGGCUGAGGGCAGAGUCGGGUUGGAGUCGGGGCGCGCUGAGGUGGGCCUGGGGGCGGAGUCGAGGUCGGAGCUGAGGGCGGAGUCGGGGGCGGGGACGUAGGCGGAACCCGGGUCGGGCUGAGGUGGGCCCGAGGGUUGGGCUGGGGGCGGAGUGGGUGCCAGCCUGAGGGCGGAGCCGGGGGCGGGCCUACAGGCCGGACUGGUGUGGCACGGAGCUGAGGACCGGCCGGAGCUUUGCGGAGGGCCCGGCUUGGCGGGUCCAGGGCGGAGCCGAACCCGCGGGGCUCCGGGUCCGGGCGGGGCCGAGCCGGGCCGGGGCGGGACCCAGCCAGGGUGGGGCGGGGCCGAGGCCGAGGCAGGCGGUCGGCAGUGCUGGGGGUUCAGGUGUUGCGGCGGCUCCACGUAGCCAGGCGGCCCGUGGGCUGGAGCGGGCGGAGCUCGGCCCGCGGCUUGCGUGAGCUCAGGCCGGUCCCAGCGUCCAGAGCGCCGGCCCUUCGGCUUCCUCUAGGCCAUGGCAGGGCCGGGCCCAGGCCCGGGGGACCCGGACGAGCAAUACGAUUUCCUGUUCAAGCUGGUGCUGGUGGGCGACGCAAGCGUGGGCAAGACGUGCGUGGUGCAGCGCUUCAAGACCGGCGCCUUCUCGGAGCGCCAGGGAAGCACCAUCGGCGUCGACUUCACCAUGAAGACGCUGGAGAUCCAGGGCAAGCGGGUCAAGCUGCAGAUCUGGGACACGGCCGGCCAGGAGCGGUUCCGCACCAUCACCCAGAGCUACUACCGCAGUGCCAAUGGGGCCAUCCUUGCCUACGACAUCACCAAGAGGAGCUCCUUCCUGUCGGUGCCUCACUGGAUUGAGGAUGUGAGGAAGUAUGCGGGCUCCAACAUUGUGCAGCUGCUGAUCGGGAACAAGUCAGACCUCAGCGAGCUUCGGGAGGUCUCCUUGGCUGAGGCACAGAGCCUGGCUGAGCACUAUGACAUCCUGUGUGCCAUUGAGACAUCUGCCAAGGACUCGAGCAACGUGGAGGAGGCCUUCCUGAGGGUGGCCACGGAGCUCAUCAUGCGGCACGGGGGCCCCUUGUUCAGCGAGAAGAGCCCCGACCACAUCCAGCUGAACAGCAAGGACAUCGGAGAAGGCUGGGGCUGCGGGUGCUGACCAGGGGCCGGGCCGGCAGACUGGGGGCUCCCCACCUCCUUGCUCUCCCCAGCCUGCCAAGCCCAGCCCUCCAGAGCCAGCCCUCCUGGGUACCGGCGACUACAGCAGCCGGGUGAAGCUCUGGAGCUCUGCAUCCUGUGGCCUGGCUGCGGGAUGGAGGCUCUCCUUGAGGAAGGGGAAGCAGGAUACCCUGGCGGGCCACCCUGCCAGCCAGCAGCUGGCCCUCCACCAUCUUCACAUUCCAAGACUGGCCUGAACCCGCCGGUGUGGGCCACAGUAGGAGGGGCCAGCGGUCCUCCCUGUCCCAUGCCUGCUGGCUCUGACCGUUUCCUCUCAUGGGUUUGCUUUACCUGUGGCAGCAGGUUGCUGCUUUCCAGGGAUGUGUCCAGUGCCCUGGGUUCUUCCCGGUCAUCCUGGGGCUCUGCACAGAGCAGCAGAGCUAGAGCCAUGAGACCCACAGACUUGGUGCCUGAGCGCAGCUCCAGGGAAGCCCCAGCCCCUUCCAGGCGGGGAACCUGCUUCCUGCCUUCACUGCCCCCGCAGCACUCACAGACAUCUCCCUGGGGUCUGGCUCACUGCCUUAUCAGGACCUCUGAGUUUUCUGACUUUCCGUGUAGCUUCUCAUUUUCAUCAGCACAGCAUGGGGUCACGGCCCACAGCUAGGUGGGGUCACGGCCCACAGCUAGGUGGGGACUGUCUGCUGGCUCAGGGCCCAGUGUUUUGCCACUCAGGUUGCAAAAUUAGCUAAUCCUUCAGUGCCAGCACUCAGAAGUCUGGCAGGUGGGGGAAUGAGAUGGGAAAGUGGACAUUUAAGGUCCAAGUAGAAGCUUGCAUCCUUGAGGCUCAGGGAUGAGAGGGCACCACAAGGCACCCAGCCUUACCCCACAAGCAGGAAUCCUGCCAGCCGAGCGUGGGUCCCAGUCUAGUUUAUGGAAUCGAGUCUCCCAGGCAAAAAAGGAGAGGCCCUGGCGGUCCUUGGCCUGGCCCAUUUUAUUCCCUGAACCCUUAACUGCCUCACCCUGAGCUGGGCACCAAGGUUAGAAGGCAAAAGUGGGGUAGGGGGAUGUGGGAAGCAGCAUUGUCCUCUGGGCAUGUGGCUCAGAGGUAUCACAGUGACAAAAAAGCCAGGGCUAGGGCUGGAGGGGCCAGGUGAUCUUCCUUAGCCAAUCCCAGUCCGUCUGUGUCAGCCCAGCUCUGCCUCGCAGCCCUCUCAGCAUGGGUGCCCCCAGAAGUAAGCAGCUCUUGGACCCACAAGCAGGGCUGCGUCGGUUUGUGGUCUAGCUCCCAGGGCCAGGCCAGGCAUGGCUCAGUGCAGUCCCUGGGCCAGUGAGAGGCCUCCCCCAUGCCUCCCUGCCCUCUGCACUAAGCACUUUCCAGGCAGGCCUGGCCAUAGGGCAAGAGCAGGCCUUACAGCAGUGCCACGGUGACCCAAGAGGCAGGGUUGGGGCCUGGACAGGGGUUCCUCUGCUGAGACUGAGACAAGCAGGGCUUGAUGCUGGUGGUGGAGCCAGCAUCUCACCUGCCAGGCUUCCUUUUGGGCAGGGAGGCUACCUGUGGAAUGGCUGAGACUGAGACAAGCAGGGCUUGAUGCUGGUGGUGGAGCCAGCAUCUCACCUGCCAGGCUUCCUUUUGGGCAGGGAGGCUACCUGUGGAAUGGCUGAGCCUGGUUCUGCAGGGGAGGAAGGCUGCCAGGAGCUGGGGGGCUGGCACCUGCAUUGAGGGGAGUCUGGGUGCAUCAGAUUGGGGGGCGCCAGAGGCGAGGCUGCCUGGCUCCCUUUCUCAGCAGCUUUUCUUGUGGCAGGGGUGAGAGUGGAGCUGAGUGGGGUCUGGGCUCUGCCCCUGCGCCUCCACUGCAGUGCCUGGGCUCCCCUUGCAGGGCAGACAGUGCCUGGCACUGAGGGGUGCCCCCAGACCCCGCUGGGACUGGAUGUGCCGUGGGCAGUGCCUUCCUCCAGCCUCACAACCUUUCUGCUGGGGCUGAAGUUUCUGGGGUCACAUGGUCAGAAGGGGCUGAGCUGGUCUUUCACUGCAGGCCCACUCUGAAAGAGAAAUCCCAUGAAGCCUGUCCUUGCAGAGCCCCUCUGUUUUUGGGGGAACAGGGAGCAUUCACAGGGUCUUGGGAACAAAGGCCUGGGCCUCCCUGUUUGAAUUUCAGCCCCAGUUCCAGGGCAAGUCCCAGCCACCCAAGCAUACUUAUCAGUACUGCCCACCACCACCCACUGCCCACCUCUAAGAAGCCCGGCUCUCCUACUCUGCUUCCAGGCUGGGGCCUCACAGGUGGGGCUGUUACCUUCCUCAGGGCUUAGGGAGGGAGGGAGGACAUGGACAGGGCCUUCCACCCUGGCUCCUUCACAGGGAUGGUAGCUGACCGGUGAUGGGUUCAUUUGUCACCUUGGACUGUGAGCCACUUCUACUUCUCGCCCCCCAGGCAGGAGCACCCUCACUCCAAGGGCUUGGCCUGGAAAGGCAGGCUCACCUGGGACUCAACGUUCCUUCCCCCGCCGCCACUGUGCCCCCCCCGUCCCUCCACCCCAGAAGCCCUGACCUCAUUUUGGCACCUUGCUGUCCUCUGGGCUUCUCCUCUGCCCAGGUCACCCUGUGGCAGGCCUGGGCCCUCAGGAUGUUUCAAAGGCUCCACAGCUCCACCGCUCCACCUGGCUUCACUCCAGCACCCUGUCCCUGGAGCACCUCUGUCCUGUCUGGGCCAACCUGGUCUCCCUGCCCCAUGCCCUCCCCUGGCUCUUAGCAACCUGCCCUUUUAUUCAUGCCAUUUGGGGUCACAGAUGCCUAGCUGGACACAGCUCCCAGAACUGGCUCCACCCUGGGGCCUUGCCCCUAGUACCCCCUGGCAGGAGCAACCCACCCCAUGGUUGAGGUUCCCCUACCCCUGGAUCCUGGACUGAAGCCAUUUCCUACAGAGAAGCGUUCCCACCCCCUCUCAGGCACAAAAGCCGGUGUCCAGGGACUCAAGACCUGUACCUGGGGUUGCAGGGGCUCCUGCCCUGCUGUAUCCCACCAGGAGGGGGCCCCACUGCCCUUCCGGCCCUUAAAACUGGGCUGGGAGAGAAGAUGGGGAAGUGUGUGAGACAAAACAAAGCCGGCUUGUUUCCUCCCCUUGGCAGGCUAAGCUCUCCCGGCAGCCCGGGCUCUGGGGCGGAAGGAGAACAGUGUCAUCUCUUCCUUUGUUGAUAAAUUGCCAAAGAGUGGGAGCAGGUGGGGUCAGGGGCCAGAGUGCAGGGGAGGGGGCAAUGGUGGAGGUGGCGGGGGGAAGCAGAGGGAGGUGGGCUGAGGCCUCGGUGGGGCCAGUGCGACGCUGGCUUAAGGAGCUGGAGGGGUUCCUAAUACACAUUUAAUUCAGUUUCUCUUCCCUAAGAGGCUGCCGGAGUUGGGGCCUCCUCCAGCAGAGACCCUCGGACCCCUGCAGGGCCUGGACUUGGGGUGAACAGGGCUUCAGUCAGCGCAAGUAUUCCAUUUGCAUUUGGUAAUUUUUCAUGUCACCUAUUUAUGAAUAUAUAAAUCUUUAUACCAAAUCUAUUUUUUAAAACAUGGAAAAGUUGCCUUUAUGGAAAGUUGGCAGAGCCAGAGUGUACACAUUCCUAAACCAUUAAACAGAUUUCUAUAACAA